CUGUGGUGCUGCUGCUGGCGCUGGCCGCCCAGUCCUCUGCUAAGCCUCUGUCAUCUGAAGACAUUGACGAGCAGCUUUUAGCUGAGAAAUACCUUCAUCGAUUCUAUGGCCUUCCAAAUGGUCUCCAAGGUAGACGGACGUCGUCAAAUUUCCUUCAAGCCAAGAUCAAGGAAAUGCAGAAAUUCUUCAAACUGGAGGUCACAGGGAAACUAGAUGACAAUACUUUAGCAGUGAUGAAGGAGCCCAGAUGUGGCGUUCCAGACAUUGGGGAGUACAACCACUUCCCUCGACACCUCAAAUGGGAAAAUAACAACGUCACAUUCAGGAUAGUGAAUUACACACCAGAUCUGAAGAAAGAAGAUGUAAACAAAGCCAUCCGCAGGGCUCUCAACGUUUGGGCUGACGUUACUCCUCUGACUUUUAAGAAGCUUUACGAGGGCAAUGCAGACAUUAUGAUCAGCUUUGGAUCAAAAGAGCAUGGAGAUUACAACCCAUUUGAUGGACCUGAUGGACUGCUGGCUCAUGCUUACCCUCCUGGCCAAGGCAUUGGAGGAGACACUCACUUUGAUGAGGAUGAACACUGGACCAAAGAUUCAUCGGCUUACAACCUGUUUAUAGUGGCAGCCCAUGAGUUGGGUCACGCCCUGGGGAUGUCCCAUUCCACAGACCCAGGCGCACUGAUGUACCCCAUCUACACCUAUACUACAGGCUACCCGCUGGCUGAAGAUGACAUAGAAGGAAUUCAAGCCCUCUAUGGUCCAAACCCAAAUCCGAAGAAAGUGAAACCAAGGCCCGACGCCCCAAAAAAGUGUGACCCCGAGCUAACUUUUGAUGCUGUCACAGAGCUCAGAGGAGAAACCAUCAUCUUCAAAGACAGAUACUACUGGCGUAUUCAUCCUCAGAUGGUGGAGCCUGAAUUGACUCUGAUUAAGUCCACUUGGCCAUCUAUUCCCAAAAAAGUAGAUGCAGCUUAUGAGAACCCAGAGAAGGAUUUGGUUAUGAUAUUUAGUGGGAUCCAAAUGUGGGCUUUGAAUGGAUACAACAUUGUGGAUGGUUACCCAAAAUAUAUUCAUAAACUUGGUCUUCCCAAGAGCGUCAGGAAAAUAGAUGCAGCCGUGCACAUCAAAGACACUGGGAAAACUCUGCUGUUCACCGAUGAAGACUACUGGAGCUAUGAUGAAGCAACAGGGACCAUGGACAGUGGCUAACCACGAUCCACUGAGGAGGACUUUCCUGGAAUGGAGGAUGAGGUCGACGCUGCUACUUAUCACUAUGGAUACUUGUACUUCUUCCAUGAACACAUGCAGUAUGAGUACAGUUACAACUCAAAGAAGGUUAUUCGCAUCCAAAGGGCCAACUCCAUUCUCAACUGCUGAUGAGAAGGACCACAGAAUCCAGCGGCGACUUAUAUUGAUUUCAAUUUAAAGCAGGCUUUGAGAAAUACAAUACAAACUAUGCACAUAAAUACAUAUCAAAAUGAAAUGUGGAAAGACAGCCCAGUGUAUGAGCAGGGAAACUUCAGAGCUUAGAAGGAAGAACUCAACUUUAUAGAGAUUUUUAUUUUAACUAUAGUGCUGGACACAGAAUGCUGGAAAAUUCUAUAGAUAUGUUUUCUCAUAUUUAUUUUACAACAAUAUAUUUGUUCCAACUUUUAUUUUGGAUGUCAGGAUCUUCUGGUAAAGUUCUUUGAAUGCUUUAUGAACUCAAUAUUUGACCGAACAGUUUUUGUGCUUCCUUUGACUUUUUCAGUUUUUUUACUCAAUUCAAAUAAAGUUUGAUUAUUGAUGAAUGAA